AUGACCUCCAAGGACUACUACUUUGACUCGUAUGCCCACUUUGGUAUUCACGAGGAAAUGCUGAAGGAUGAGGUCCGAACGAGGUCGUACCGCGACUCUGUGUUGAACAACAAGCACUUGUUCAAGGAUAAGGUUGUUCUUGAUGUUGGGUGCGGUACUGGUAUUUUGUCCAUGUUCUGCGCAAAGGCUGGAGCGAAGCACGUUUAUGGUAUCGAUAUGUCCAACAUCAUCAAGCAGGCACGGAAAAUUGUCGAUGUCAACGGAUUGUCGGAUAAGGUUACCCUGAUCCAGGGUAAGAUGGAGGAGAUCGAGUUGCCGGUGCAGAAGGUCGACAUUAUCAUCUCCGAGUGGAUGGGAUACUUCUUGUUGUAUGAAUCUAUGUUGGACACCGUGUUGUUGGCUCGUGACAAGUACUUGGCGCCCGGUGGUAUGAUGUUCCCCGACAAGGCUACCAUGUUCGUCGCUGGUAUCGAGGAUGGAGACUACAAGGAGGAGAAGAUCGGUUACUGGGAUGAUGUGUACGGCUUUGACUACUCCCCCAUCAAGGAGAUCGCGCUCAAGGAGCCCCUGGUCGACAUCGUCGACAUCAAGAACGUCGUCACCGACCCUUGCUGUAUCGCCUCCUUCGACCUCCUUACUGUCACCGUAGAAGACCUCGCCUUCUCCCGUGACUUCAGAAUCAUGGCCAGAAGAGACGACUACGUCCACGCCCUUAUUUUCUGGUUCGACAUCUCCUUCGACGCAUGCCACAAGCCCGUCAAGUUCAGUACCGGACCCCACGCAAAGUACACUCAUUGGAAGCAGACCGUGAUGUACCUUCCCAACGACGGAUUGGCCAUGAAGGAGGGCGAGAGCAUCGAGGGACACGUGAGCAGCAAGCCUAACGCGGAGAACCCCAGAGAUUUGGAUAUCGUUAUUUCUUACAAGUUUGAAGGAGAGCACGCCAAGGAUGAGGGAAACUGCGAGUACAGAAUGUGUUAAAGAAGUUGAAUCUUGAUCUUGAGAUCGGUACGACAGAAUGCAGUAUGAGACGCCGAGACAGAGAUGAAAGUGGAA